UUCGCAUCCCUGACUCAGUAUGUGGCGCGUUCCCGGUCUGCUCUGCGUGCGCGUUGCAAGGAAGAGCAAGUUCUCCGGACCUUGGACCAGGCCUGCCGCCUUCAUGUCCACUCUGCUCAUCAAUCAGCCUCAGUAUGCUUGGCUGAAGGAGCUGGGGCUCCGCGAGGAGAACGACGGCGUGUAUAAUGGAAGCUGGGGAGGCCGGGGAGAGGUUAUCACCACCUAUUGUCCUGCUAACAAUGAGCCCAUUGCCAGAGUCAGACAGGCCAGCAUGGCUGACUAUGAAGAAACUGUAGAGAAAGCAAGAGAAGCAUGGAGCAUCUGGGCAGAUAUUCCUGCUCCAAAGCGAGGAGAAAUCGUGAGACAGAUUGGUGAUGCCUUGCGGGAGAAGAUCCAAGUGCUAGGAAGCUUGGUGUCUUUGGAGAUGGGGAAGAUCUUGGUGGAAGGUGUGGGAGAAGUUCAGGAAUACGUGGAUGUUUGUGAUUAUGCUGUUGGCUUAUCUCGGAUGAUUGGGGGACCCAUCCUGCCUUCUGAAAGACCUGGCCAUGCUCUCAUUGAACAGUGGAAUCCUGUAGGCCUGGUUGGAAUCAUCACUGCUUUCAACUUCCCUGUGGCCGUGUAUGGCUGGAACAACGCCAUUGCCAUGAUCUGCGGGAACGCUUGCCUUUGGAAAGGAGCUCCUACAACUUCCCUCAUUAGUGUAGCUGUCACAAAGAUAAUAGCCAAAGUUCUGGAGGACAACAAGCUGCCUGGUGCAAUUUGUUCCUUGACUUGUGGUGGAGCAGAUAUCGGCACAGCAAUGGCCAAGGAUGAGCGGGUGGACCUGCUGUCCUUCACCGGGAGCACUCAGGUGGGAAAACAGGUGGCCCUCAUGGUACAGGAGAGGUUUGGGAGAAGUUUAUUAGAACUUGGAGGAAACAAUGCCAUUAUAGCUUUCGAGGACGCGGACCUCAGCUUAGUCGUCCCCUCAGCUCUCUUUGCAGCCGUGGGGACAGCCGGCCAGAGGUGUACCACUGCGAGGCGCCUGUUCUUACAUGAAAGCAUCCAUGAUGAAGUUGUCAAUAGACUUAAAAAGGCGUAUGCACAGAUCCGUGUUGGGAACCCUUGGGAUGCUAACGUUCUCUAUGGGCCACUCCACACCAAACAGGCAGUAAGCAUGUUUCUUGGAGCAGUGGAAGAAGCAAAGAAGGAAGGUGGCGCCGUUGUCUAUGGUGGCAAGGUUAUGGAUCGCCCUGGAAAUUACGUAGAACCUACAAUCGUGACAGGUCUUGAGCAUGACGCAUCCAUUGUACACACAGAGACUUUUGCCCCGAUUCUUUAUGUCUUUAAAUUCAAGAAUGAAGAUGAGGUCUUUGCAUGGAACAAUGAAGUCAAACAGGGACUUUCAAGUAGCAUCUUUACCAAGGAUAUGGGCAGAAUCUUUCGCUGGCUUGGACCAAAAGGAUCAGAUUGUGGCAUUGUAAACGUCAACAUUCCAACCAGUGGGGCUGAGAUUGGAGGUGCAUUUGGAGGAGAGAAGCACACUGGCGGUGGCAGGGAGUCGGGCAGUGAUGCCUGGAAGCAGUACAUGAGAAGAUCUACUUGUACCAUCAACUACAGUAAGGACCUUCCUCUGGCCCAAGGAAUCAAGUUUCAGUAAAAAGUGCUUUAAAUUGACAUUUCAAGUCUUUCAUGCAUUGUUACAACUCUUUCUUCUGAAGAAGACAAAGAAAAUGAGUAUUUGCCUUCAAUAAAUGUAUCAUUUUGAAUAUGACGGUGGCUAAUCCCUUAUGCUUCUGAGGCCUAAAUCAAGAGACUCAUUUAAAAAAAAAAAGUUUUCAUGACAUCAUCUCAAGUAAUAAAAAGUAGAGUAGGUGAAUUUUUAUGUUACUAGUAGUUACUGAUUUUUUUAAUUUAGGAUUAUUUUUAUAAUUUAUAAAAAAUAAUAGUACAUGUCAUGGUGGGAAUUUGGAAAAAAUCAGAAUAUAAUAGAGAAGAAAAUAGAAGUCUUGUCAGUAGAUGCAGGAACAUCUCCUAAGCAAAUAAAGAAAUCAGUGGCGAGCUUGAUUCACGUCACCUCACACCCUGGAAAGGGUGUGAUUGAAGAGAGUGUCCCUUGUUCAUGGAGGACUGUAGCGCAGUUACGCUUGUGGAUCGACUUGGUGUUUAAGAUGACUGGGGGCAUUCAUCACCAUCACAGCUUCUCGCUCAGGAUUACCUGUGUCACCACAGAAGAAAUUUGCGAGACAGACGGAGAUUUUGCCCCUGGCCCACCUAGAACCUGCACCUGUGGAUGACUGGACUUCUAUGCAAAGCACCUCUGGAUUUCUUAGGCAACCUCAGACCAUCCUUUUUAGCUGUUAGGCUCCUGUAAUUGCCUUUAGGUUUGUUCUUAGAAAAUAUCAAGUGUGUAGCAGCUCGUGUUUGCAGUGACCUCGGCAUAGUUCACUUUCUCUUUGCUGAGCAUCUGCCUCCUCUUGAGAAUCUGCCCAGGAGCCCCUGGAGUGGUUCGGCCAAGGGCCCUGCCAAGCGCACACUGGCUCCUGCAGUUCCAUCUUCCUGGCAGCCUUCGCUCCCCUAAUGGGUAGCAGCUACCCACCACCUUCACUCCUGCCAGACUGGACUGGGCAGAAGCCUUGGAAGAUGAUGUUUGUACAGGACCUGAUGUGUCAGGAUGUAUUGGAGAGAUUCAGACAAUGGGCAAAGAGUUUGGGGUUGAGUUAUGACAGAGAAGCAAGCAAAUGAAAAGACCAAACAAUUUUAAAUUUGUCAGGGAAGGGAUGGUAUUCAUAGCAUGUUCCAUGGCCCAGCGUGACUAGUGUUCACAAGCUGUGGUCAGCCUUGAAUAUUAACCCAAACAUGGUGAUAAACCUUUUGAGAGCAUGUUGGCAGAAGUUCAGGGUAUGAGAGCAGGUUAGGAAGGCAGGCAGUUUAUGUUCUGUGGUGGACAAUCAAUAAUGUCUAAACUUACAAAACAGGAAAUACCAACAUAGGCUUAUAAAGAUAGGGAAGAAAUUCUGAAAAAAAUCUUUGCUUCAGGUUGUGGGGGAGAGACAUGGAGAAGGAGGCAUUACUGUUUUCCAUAACAGGUCUUGUAGAGCUGUUUGUGUCUUUAAAUCAAGAGGGUGUAUAACUUUGGUUAAAAAUUAAAGCCGAUGAAAAAGAAAAUGAUCUUGGAGAAUCAGGUGCUUGAAGUCCUCCACUUGAUCCCAUUUCCACCACCCCCACUCCCUAGCACAUACACGCACACUGUCUGUUUCCCAUUAUUGAACUGGGGACUCCUUUUAAACAUCUCAUGAAAUGAUUGUGCUGAAAGCCAAGUUUUCUUCCAUGUUGUGAAGUUCAUAAUAGACUAAAUCACCUUGUAUUGAUAUAUACAUACUUUUUAAUACAAGCUGAUGCUUGAGAGAAUUACUCUCUUGGGGCAUUUGUUUUUUUAAAAAAAACCUCGCCAUGGUUUUUCUUUGUAAGUUACAGUGCUAGGUCUUGUAGCCCUGUCUAUAGAAUAUAAUCUGAAGAAUAUAAAACACUAUUUUAAAACA